AUGGGAUUUCAUUAUGACAAAUGGGAGCUUCAAGUAUUUACUGAAUGCAUCCUCACUAUAACAGUCUACACCUUUCACACAGCAGAUCACGAAAAUAGUAUCAAAAUCUUCACCAAUUUUACUCCCGGAGGCAUCGCGAUUGGAGCACCGGAUCUAAGGUUUCCACACAAACACUCCCGCUAUCACUCCUCCAGUUUUUCCGUGAUUUUACCUCUGCAACAAUCUGCGGGUUCCCUAAAACGACCUCGCAGUGAAUAUGAUCUCCCGCCAUCUAGGGUGCCAGUGGGUCAUGAAAUUCAUUAUAAUUUGGCUCAGAAUGAUGAUUAUGGUGGGCCCACAAUAGUGAAGGAUACAAAAGCAAUUGGUUCAGCAUAUGAUCAUUAUCUUCUGAAUUUGCAAUUACCUUCUGAAGAAAGUACUCACUACAGCGGAAUGGGGUUAGGAAGACCUGUUAGUGGUGGUGUACAUGCUCUUCCAGUACACGAUCCCAUUGUAACAGGGCGUCAUGGGACUGGUGGACCAAAGCCAACACCAAAUGAAAGUGGUUUGGGUUUUGGUGUUCCACUCCCAGUAGAUACAACUGUCAGACCUAGGGAAACCCUCCCUCUACCUCCAGAUGCUUCCAGCACACUGUACAUUGAGGGGCUUCCUCCUAACAGCACCAGAAGGGAAGUGGCUCAUAUUUUUCGUCCUUUUGUAGGGUACAGAGAAGUAAGACUUGUAAGAAAGGAAUCGAAGCAACGUGGUGGAGAUCCUCUUGUCCUUAGUUUUGUGGAUUUCAUAGACCCUGCAUGUGCAGCAACUGCUUUAAGUGCUUUGCAAGGUUAUAAGAUGGAUGAACACGAUCCAGAUUCAACUCACUUGCGGCUGCAAUUCUCUAAGCAUCCAGGUCCUAGGUCUACCCCCGGACCUCGUGGGAGGCGAUGA